AUAUAUAUAUAUAUAUAUAUAUNUCGGUGGGCAGUCUAAUUUUAUCGCUUUGUAUUACAGUCAUAUAAAUGGCAUCCGUCGUUUUAUCCAAAGCCCUCUUUGCCCGUCGUGUCCGUCGAAGCUUAUUUACAUGUUCACCUAGACCAUUCUUGCAGAAAUCCCAAUUAUCGCCCUCUGUCGCACCGAUUCUUGAUAUGUUGUGGACCUGUGGUUUUCUUGUGAAAAGCUUUGCUGGUUGUCAGCUUCGCAAAGUGGAUAAUGAAGCACAUGAAGUAAAGAGGCCUUUCCACUUGUGGCCAUUUUCCUCCCAUUCGGCAUAUAAAAUUGCAAGAUGCAUUUGCCGUAGCAUGUCUUCAUCAGCAGUUGCAUCACAGGCCUCAUACUCUUUGCAUUCCUUGUCGAUUAAUGAGCCUGUUGUCUCAGUUGACUGGCUCCAUGCCAAUCUCCGAGAGCCCGAUGUGAAGGUGCUGGAUGCAUCAUGGUACAUGCCCGAUGAAAAGAGAAAUCCACUUCAAGAGUAUCAGGUUGCACACAUUCCCGGUACACUUUUCUUUGAUGUCGAUGGCAUAGCAGAUCGCACCACAAAUUUGCCACAUAUGCUGCCAUCAGAAGACGCAUUUGCUGCUGCUGUUUCUGCUCUUGGCAUUGACAAUAAAGAUGGCCUUGUGGUUUAUGACGGAAAGGGAGUUUUCAGUGCAGCUCGUGUUUGGUGGAUGUUUCGAGUUUUCGGGCACGACAGGAUUUGGGUUUUGGAUGGAGGGCUCCCGAGAUGGCGUGCUUCGGGAUAUGAUGUCGAAUCGAGUGCUUCGAGUGAUGCUAUCUUGAAAGCUAGUGCAGCAAGUGAGGCGAUUGAGAAAGUAUACCAAGGACAACGGGUUCAGAAAAAUAUUGAGGAGCAAACACAUCAGCAUGUUGAUGCUCGCUCAAAAGCUAGAUUUGAUGGGGUGGCACCGGAGCCUCGAAAAGGAAUAAGAAGUGGCCAUGUUCCAGGAAGUAAAUGUGUCCCCUUUACCCAGAUGUUAGAUGGCUCACAGACACUCUUGCCAGCUGACGAACUCAAAAAGAAAUAUGAAGAAGCAGGUUAG